AUUUUGUUUACUUCGUCAAAUGUUGGCAAAUGUUUUUGGAGCUGAAUUCUAUAGGACUGUACCAAACUUCAGGAAAAGAAAAAGAAAGUUGUUGUCUUGUGUUCCCGUCCUUGACAAAAAGUAAAUUGAGGCACUUUCACUUUGUAGUCUUGCAACGAUGGCAAAGGAAUUUACAAAAGAAGCGUGCAGAGUUUUUGUUUUGCGAAUCUAAACCCACUGCUUUUUUGCUGUUCUCAUUGCUGUCACUGUCAUUAUUGCUUAAGCUCCCUAAUUUUCUGAAAUGGGUGAUUCCAGAAAAUAUCCAUACCAUACCACGGGCGGUAUCUUGGAAUUCCGAGGAAGAGGGGGGGUUUCUUGGACUGGAAUUCCGAAGACGUGGGGGGGUAACGCAGUUUGGAAUUCCAAAGGCAUGGAGGGGGGGUGUUUCAGCUCUGAAUUCAGUGAAUUUCCAGAGGAAAGACGGCGAAAGCUCCGCUUGAAAUCGCUGACCUGCUAACAUUCCCAGUUUGUAAAUGAAACACGAACCGACCACGGAAGAAGUAUGCGUUCAUGCAGAUGGGUAAGCAGAUGGGUUUUUGCAGCAAGCUCCACAUCGAAGAGGCCUUAAAGUUGAUGAAUUAGUCAACUGAUUAAUAAAAAUAUAACCAAGUCGGUGUUUCUCGCCGAUUGCCGAUCGACGAUGUGUUGUUGUGUGCUGAAAACUCGCACCAAUCUCUCGUUUCCAAAUAGAACGCGUGACAAAUUUUGUAUUUCACACCGAUUUUCAUGCCAACAUGUAGGUAGUAAAAUCCGGCAGCGUGCCUUUUGAUGCGCUGUUUAAUUCAAAACUGUUUUUGCGCAAGUGUUUUGAUCAUUCAGUUCUAAAUAGUUAUUUUACCUCGAAAUAACUAUUUAUUCCAGGAGCUUAUAUCCUUAAACGGACUUAUAUUUGCCAAUAGAACUGGAAGAGUCGGGGAGAGGUUUACCUCAAAAAAUUAUAAUAGUUACUUUUCAUUCAUUAACAAACUUGAGUUGCUCGAUCGUCUGACUAAAAAUUGUGAACAGAAUUCUUUUGCAGAGGGAAAAAGUGCAAGUUUCUCGUUCGUUUGAAGAUUUAGGCAGACGAACAAGAAUUCCAAAGGGUCUGAAACAAAAGUGGAAAAUUCCGGAGGAGAGGGGGGGUUAGCGAUUUUGGAAUUCGGAGGGCAAGGGGGGGAUAAGCAUUUUGGAAUUUCCGAGGGCAAGGGGGGGUUAAAAUACUCAUGCCACCCGUGGUAGGGUAUGGAUAUUUUCUGGAAUCACCCAAUCACACCAUGAUGCCAUUUUUGUGCCAAGGUUUGUGAAUUUAACCAUAAUUUUGUCACUGUACAUGUAUCCUUUUUGUUUCCUUUGAUGCAGGUAAAAAAUCAACAUCUUGAAAGGAACAUUAGUUUCUUGGUUGAUGAGCUGAAGUGUGUUGACAGAGCUCAGGCUGAGGAUAGAGUGUUCUUUGUCUCUGCCAAAGAGGUACGGGUAACACAAAAUAUUAAUUUGAUGAAUAUGCCAUUGUUUCUAAUGUUGAUAUGACAACAACUCUGCAAAAUUAUUAUUAGGACAGUUUUCAAGUAACAUAGAAUACAAUACAAAAGUGGGUACUGUGCUAAAUAAGAGAUUUCCGAAAAAAAUAGGAAACGGGCAAAAGAUUAAAAUGUUUGUCUGGGUGAAGUUCAAAGCCAACUGAAAAAAACUCUGUUAGUUUUAUGAUCUCAGCGGGCAGGUUUUUGGCAGUCAUUGAUUUUCCUUGGCCAAUAGCUCUACCUGUUUGCAUCACAUAUAGUGAGGCUGAUGCAUUUUACAGAUUUUUUUCUUUUGUUGUAGACAUUGAUGACAAGAAUGCAGAAACAUCAAGGAAUGCCCCAAGGAGGUACACAUAAUCAAUAAUAUUCACUUGAAAUAUAGCUGUGUGUCAGUGUGAUUUCAAGGGAUUACCAGUAGAGGUUUUGGGUGCCCAGCUAUUGCUCUUACCUGAAGUUGACAGCCUUGUUCAAUAUUACAGUAUUGCAAGUAUUUUGUGUGAGUGUUUGGUCCUAGGUUUGCAUGUCUGCCACUGAAAGCAAUAUUUUGUUAUUAAAUUAGCUUGAGACCAGGCUCCACAUUGGGGGAAAAAGGGAAAAAACGGGGUCAAAUAGGAAAAAUAUCGGCGAUCGAAGUGAGCCAAGUGGUGGACCCCACCCUUUCCCCUCCCCAGACUACCUCUCAGCUGGCUUCGCUUGUCGAUUCUUUUUUUUUUUCGCUCACAUGAUUUUUUUCUCCUUUUCCUACCAGUGUGGAGCCUGGUUCCAGGCUAGCUCUUUAUAAUGAAAUGAAGUAAAACAGGUUUGUAAGCUUCAGGCACUCUGCCAUACGUGCAAACUUCAGAUCCACCAGCCAUACAUGUUUGCUGCUUGAACAGUAAUAAGCAAAUAUUAUCCUUGCAUAUAUUAUCUGCUAAAAUGUAAAUAAGGCAUUAUGUCUUUGUAAGACUCCAUAGAUUCACAUGUAAAAUGUUUUACUUGUAGGAGGUGCUAUACAUGUUGAAGGAUUCCCGGCAAGACAACUUGAGUUUGAAAACUUUGAGCGCAAGUUUGAGGUAAAAUGUUCUGACUUUAACAGUAUCGUCAAAUGACAAAUUUGCAAAUGACAAAAAUUCAUAGUAUACAUUUGCGGAAGGGUUUUUAUCAUGCAAUAGAGGUCUGUGAUUUGAACCAUUGAUCCAGGAAAAAUAACUUUUUUUUUAUCUGGUUGUGAAGGACAUGAAGCUGUCUAGUUUUCUUUCACCUAGAACCAAUGAAUGGUAUUGUUGUAUUACCAGAGGUACAUGUAGUUGUACAACAAUGCUUGACUUUAAAUCACUGAGAACCUGUUUACAAUGAAAGAGGGUAACCCUUGUGCAAGGGUUACCCCAGCAAUCGGGUUGACGUUAGCUCUACCCUUGGUACCUGAGGCUGUUUCUUGCGUGCGGUGAUUGAGUGUGGCGGAGAUACUUCAGGGUUGUCCACAGGCCAACACAUCUGUGAAUAACUGACCAAGACUGCAAACCGUGUAUGAAAAGUCUCUGGCAUUAGGGUACGAUAGCUCUGGUUUAUGUUGCGAGGGUGCUACCCUCACUCCUUGUAAACAGGACUUAAGAUGUAUUUCCUACUACCUCACAGGAGUGUAUUUCCAAAUCAGCCAUCCAAACCAAGUUUGAAUCUCAUGCUGUCAGUGGACUCAAGGUUGCUCAAACGGUAAAGGUGAUCAUGGAGCAAAUUGUUGGUUGUGCUUUCCAGCAGAGGUUAGCUACAUUUUAUCUCUUAGGGUUGUUCUUUUGCAAUAAUUACAGUUGAACCUCCAUUAAGUGGGCAUCUAUCAAGAGGCAACCCUCUAUUAAGCGGCCGGUAACCAAAGUCCAGGAAUAAUUGUAGGAAAAAAUGGGAAAUUCAACCUCUGUUAACCCUUGGGCAUACAAGGCAGGGGUGGGGGGGAGGGAGGUGGUUGCCACUCCCUAAGGUUUUUCUGAUUUUUUCCCUAGACGAUAAAACAUUCAGCACCUGAAGUUUUCUGUGGAUGUUCGUUUAUCCCUUGUGUCAGGAGCCUAGGCUCCUGCUUGCAUGCAUUUUGAGACAAGUUUAGUGAUGGUCAGUCACUAUGAUUACGAGAGUAGCAGGUGGUCAAGCCCUUUUUGGGAGAAAAUGCAUGUUUUCUCAACUUUUUUCAACAACAAAAGUAAAAAAUCGUUUCAAAAUACUGCAACAUAUCAAAACCUCAAGGGGGGGUGAGAGUUCUCACACUGUUGUCAUCUCUGUGAAUCGGCUAUCAAGUGCUUGAUAUUUUUAGUUUGGCUUCAGUUGAAGAAUUUGAUGAAAGAAAAUACUAUUCGAGAUGGGAAUUGAUGACCGUUUGUGGACCAGUAAUGCUUCUCCCAUCGCUCAUUUGUUUUGCAAUAAAGUGAUGUUUCUGCUGAUGAUUAUGCUAAUAUAUGAUAAACCCAUAUUAAGUGGCCAACCUCCAUUGAGCAACCACUCGCAGGUACCCGGAGGGGGGCUGUUUAAUGGCGGUUUAACCGUAUUUUCAUAAGACCCAGUUCACAAAGGACUUGUGAUUACAGAACUCCCUUGUAGUCCUUUAUUUCACAACGAUGAAUUAACCAAAUAUAACUGUCUGUAAUUAACACAAUGUGUGUGUCAAUUCAUUGUUUUGUUAGAGCCUGUUUACAUGGAGGUGGGGGACCCCAGGUAGGUGAGGUAACAUGUGACAGGUCACCCCACCUAUCAUGUAAACGUGAUCAAAUCAAAAUGAGAGAUUAUAUGGACAGGUGGGUUACCCCACCUAAGCAGGUUACCUCACCUUCCUGGGGUUCCCCACCUCCAUGUAAACAGGCCCUAAGAUAAUUACCUCCACAAAUUAAUUCUACAUUUGCAAACUCAUAAGUAUGUUAUUUACUUUUGGUGACCUAGUUGUUAGGGAUUGCUAAAUCCCGUGGGAGGUUUUUCCUGAGUUUUAAAUACAACAGUUCCUUUUUUUUGUUUUUUUGUUUUAAUAACUGAAAAGUUAUUAAAGUUAAAGUAUAAAUAUAAUGUUUUACUGCUAAGUAUCUGCUCGUAGCAUUAUAAUCCUGAUAUGACCCAAGAUCACCAGGAAGGUGUAAAGUAAUGGUUUUUUUAUUGCACAGAACAAGACUUGAAAAAGCCAAGAAAGAGCAAGAGGAUCGCCUGGAGUAUAUAAAGGAGCAGUUAGAGAUGUACAGUCAUGAUGCCAAGAGGCACAUCAAGGAAAUCACCACCAAAGUGGAAGGACAGGUGAACUAUAAUGUAACUUUGAAUUUGGAAGCUUGAGCAGAGGCGUUUUUUUGAGCGAAGCACGUCACGUGGAAAUGGAGCUCCCCCCCCUCCCCCGACGUUUGCGAAACGUCUUGUGGACGAAACGGCGAUGAAUAGAUCAGUCUACAGAGCUGCUGCAGGGCAUAACCAAGUGUUUAUAGAGGCACAUUAAUCCUUGAACUGUUUGUAAAUAAAAUGCUCACGUGUACAGUUGUAUGAAUACACUUUCAGUGUAUAUAAUACAUAUUAGUGUAAAAUAACUAACUUAUUUCCGUUGCCAUAACUGUAGGUAACAGAGGCUAUGACGGAAGAGAUCGGGCGAUUAGGAUUGCUUGUGAAUGAGUUUGAUCAUCCUUUUCACCCUCAUCCUGGCUUUCUUAAAACUUACAAAAAGGUUCGUUGUGUGGUUUAACCACUGUCAAGGUUUUUCUCCUAGAGCAAUUUUUAUGUUACCCUGAAAGACUAUGUCCCUAUUGAACGCGCUGAUGUAGAAGUAUUGUAUGUGUUUUCCACCCUUCCCCUCCCAAAAGAAAUCUUCUCACUAAAAACCGUAAAUCCUCUUUAAAGCCCUCCCCCCUCCCCACACACACUCUAGACCCCAUUUUCAGGGGAAGAAAGUUAUUAAGCCCCUCCCCCUCUCUCUUAAAGCCCCCCUGCCCCUAUUAUUCACAACCAAAUAAAUCAGUGAUACACUGUAGUAAUCAAUCACGACUGUAACGCUUCAAAUUUCACGUGCUGGAAAUUCAGCCUUUUUGUAUCCUCCAACUUCAUGUGCUGAGGCUUUUCCACUCUGCGUUCUAGAUCUUUAGGGUAUUUAUACCACCUUCUAGAUUACUUCCUAGUUGUUUAGAAAAGCUGUUUAACACCCCGUUUUGCCAACUCAAAUAACCUCCAUCUAAAAUAAGCCCCCCACCCCCAUAGCCUAAAAAGGGGAGUAGCACUCUGUUUAAUGCCACAAGGUGUUGUGUCUAUCGGUUAAACUAGUCUGAUAGUUAAGCCUUUACAUUUAACAACUAACUGCUUUGAUUGAAUGUGGGUGCUUGUGAAUGCUUGUUGGAGGCUGGCUCCCAGGAUCUCUCCUCUUCCCUUGAUAACGAGGUUGUGCGUGUUGUCCACGUGGCUUUGCUUUUUUACCUUCAAGGAGUUGUAUGGCCACCUAGAGGGAGGGCUGGGAAGGAACAUGACAGCUCGCUGCUCCAGUUCACAGACUCAAGUCAUCAGUGACGCGCAAAAGGACAUGGCAGGUCAGUUUGUGUUCUGCUGAUCACGUCACAAUGGUUACUAUAGAAUUGUUCUUUUUGGUGUAUCCCAUUUUGAUUAGUUGGGUGUUUUCGCCCCAGUUUUUCAAAAGCUGGAUAGCGCUAUCCACCGGAUAAAUCAUUUUAGUAAAAUCCAACUAGUGGUCUAUUAUCAAUGCUGCGUUCUGAUUGGUUGAGCUACUACUAGGCUAUAUGUUAUAGCCCACUAGUAGCGAAAAGCGCGGGCUUUUUGGCGGCAAAAAAGGAUUAAAGUCUAGCUUUAACUAGCUAAAGUUUUUUUAUUCUCGAUAUUUUAAACCAAUUAGUUGGAUUUUACUAAAACAAUUAUUCCUCUCGCCUUCAUGGCCUCUGAGUCAAUAGCCCAUUCGGCCUUCGGCCUCAUGGGCUAUUAAAUGUAGAAGAUAAGUCUUAAGGAAAACCAACUGCGCGGCUAUCCCGCUAGAGACUGAUUUAUCUGGCGUUAUCCACUCGCCUUUUGAAAAAUUUGGGCCUUUGAAAUAAAGAAAAGCAUUUAUGAUUGGUUAACUUUUUCCCUUCCGAUUCAAGAAACGGUUGAAGCGGUUGAAAUCGUUGGGUGGCGGGAAUUAAUUGUAUAUUACCCUAUAAAACUGCCGUUUUUCGUGACGUCACCAAAAACCAGUGUUGACAUUUGGCAUCGCGAAGCGUCGGUUGUUUUCUCAGGCUAGGUUUAUAAAGGUUUAUACGCGUGUACAUCUUGAGCUCCUCCUGCACGACGGGAUAUCCUUUGUUUUUUGUAUACGGAACUUUUAGCACUAAUUAAAAAAUGGUAGCUUACUUUUAUCGAGUCGUGAAAAUGAGCGCCAGCAGACAGUUUUCUCGAUUUUCAAGGGCUAUCCCCCGGUGGAUUAUCUUCACAUCCUCUCACAGAUUGUAGUUAUCUUUUACUUCAAGUUGGUAGAAAUUUCUCAUUGAUACUUCGUUUCCUCCAGAUCGCCUUCGUGCUCUACUUCCCCCAGAAUCAGCGGAAGUAGCCCUUGAUCCAGCUUCUUCCGCGUAAGUAGAAUUACACAAAAGAUACCGUAAAAUUCCGAGAUAAGCCCCUCCAUGUAAAAACCCCUUCAAAUAUAGGCCCCCCAAUCCGGUAACGCAGAAACCCUCCGUUAAAUCGCCGCUCCAAAUAUAAGCCCCCCCCCCCCUCCCGGGGGGCUUGUACUUGGAAAAUUGCCCUCAAAUACAAAGUAAAACAAAGCAAAAAUGGUAAAUAUACUUCCAACUGUAAGGCUAGCCCAAUCGAUUUUGAAACGCAGGGGCUUAUUUUCGGAAUUUUACGGUAUUUGUUGCAGGAAUUUCAGGUUAAACUGUGGUAGUGGGAACUUAUCAAUGUAAGAAUUUAAUACACAUUUUCAUUCUACUUAGCCUCGAUUUCCAAGCAAGUUACAAACUGGACGUACCAAGCCUGUGCAUUGAUUUCCAGGAAGACAUUGAGUUUCAUUUCUCCCUUGGCUGGCAGGCCAUUUUGAGGAAGUUCUUAGCCCCGCACAAUGCGGGUCUCGCUAUUGCCUUAGGCGCUAAUGUAAGUACUGUAUUGCAGUACAGAUAUAUGAAAUAGCCUUAUUUAAGAACCAUUGCUAGUUUAUGCUCAGUCUCCAGCCGUGGAUGUCUCGAUGCUCCUGCGAUUCUCCAUACCCGAAGGACCUUCAGAAACAAAAAAUACAGUCAAACGCCGCUAAUACGGAGACUGAGGGGCCAUAGAAAUUGUCCAUAUUAACGGGGUGUCCGUAUUAAGCGGGUUGAAUUUAGAGAGAAUGUUCGGACUUUCCCAAGGGACAAAGCAAAAAACUGUCUGUAAUAACGGGGUGUCCGUAUUAAGCGGGUUGAAGUUGGAGAAAAUGUAAGUGCUGUUCCAGUUAAACCCCGCUUUACAGACAUCCGCGUAAUACAAACAAGUGGAGUUGUAUAUUUCCGAAAGUAGUAAAGGUAACAUUUAUUCUAUUAUCAAAUAAUUUAAGUCUAUGUUACCCACAAUUAGCUAUUCUAGAUGGGCAACAAUACAAUAAUUGUCUCCUAUAACGUCGGCAAAAGUAGCCCGAAAUUCUGUAAAAAAAACAUAAUGUUUAGAUUUCGUUAUGAGUUAACAGCACAAUAGAGACCUCGACUAUUGUAAAUGUCCUAAAAAUAUAGCCUCUGUAUCGCCUCUGUAUACUAUGAUGGACAGUUUGCUUUGUCCUUGGGGAAAGAAAGCCCUCUCAUUUUCUCUAAAUUCAACCCGCUUAAUACUGACAGCCCCGUUAAUACGGACACUUUCUAUGACCCCCUCAGUGUCCGUAUUAACGGGUUCUGACUGUGUGUUCUUCCGAAAUGUCUAGACGGCUAUUUUGGCCGCUCGCUGGAACUUUCGUGGAAUCCCUGUCAUCCCAAUAUGGGUAUAACUUGCGCUAUACUGCAAACCGACUAUUUGGUUUGCUUCAAGCAGAAGUCGUUCCUUUGCAAAUUGAAGAUUAGCAAAAAGGAAACCGGCUUCUGCACGCAGGCCAAACCUUGGCGUCGCGCACAAUCCAAAAUUAUUACCUCAGUUAAGCGAACAGUGCCCAAAUGAAGGCUCAAAACUAGUACAAAAGAAGCAGUUAAUUUUAUAUUCAGACCAAAGCAAAAAAGACUAUCAACAAGUAGAUAUCACAGGUUAUUACCUAAGAGGGUAGUUCCUUCUUUAUACUGUACACAAUUCGUCAGUAAUUAGUAUAAAUCCAAUUUGGUGCCCUCUGCUCUUUGUUUUUGUAGUGAUUUACAGUCAAAAAACCUCUGGCUGAUCCCGGGGGCGUUUGCUUACCGCAGGCUAGACUCUUCUCAGUCAACUUCAAUGUAAAAUAAUUGACUCUUAUUAAUUAUUGUUCCUCUAUAUUGUUAGCUCCAAAGGAAUGUCCAGAACUUAGUUCCUACGGCCCAUUAUCAGUCUACAGAAGGAAGAACGGGCACUAGUGCUCAGGCCAGCUCAUCGCGUGAGGUUCUAAAGCGACCCGAGGGUGAUGAGGUUGCCGUGGCUGUCAUUCAGGGACUCGCCUCACUGACGUCACGGACUGGCACGUUGGUGGUUAUCAUAGGAGGACUAGUAAGAAUAUUUUUGGUUCUUUUUCUGUUCUAAAAUAAGUAAUCGUAUCAUAACACUUCCGAACUUGAUACGGGUAAAAGUAGAAGGCCGACACAAACCACGAUAUUAGCGUGCAAAUAAAAGUCUGUUAAAUACAAUGUUCAAGAAUGAUUGGAAAAAGAGGGACAACACGGUGUUUCUUAGUGCAAGAGAACUUGCCACUCCAUUAAUACAGCCACCUAAGGGAGAUUUUUUUAAAAAGUUGUAUUAAGGAGUUGGUCACGUAAAAGACACUGGGUGGGUGUUGCACUGUAGGAUUGUUAGAAGGAACCUGGGCCUAGUUAACGUUCGCAAAGACUUCUGGGACUGUUCUUAGGGACAGGGGAGAAACAAAUGGCCAGUAGCUGACUGGCGCAUCCCCAGUAACGAUGCCAGAAACUAUUGCGGUGUUCCAGGCCCCUUCUCGUUUUCUUAAGUUUCUGGUCAUUACAAAGUUGCACAGGAAAAUGGGUCAACAUUCAUUUCCUAAGACAUUGUCAUUGUGUAAUUCGACGCAUCACUGACCAGUCUCUCGCCAGCGACCUCAAAAUGGCUCACAUUCACCCUUAAUGUAUGGCGCAUCAAGGUGCAUGUAUUAUUUGGAAACCCGCUGUCACAAAGAAGCAACGUAUCAGAUGGGAUCCCACGUUAAACAGUCCUAGCUUUUCAAAACAAAAAGACACGAUCGCCAAGCCUCUCAGAUGAUGGGGGCCCUUCAACUAUAGGUGUCGUCCCUCUGUUUUAGAUAGGAAUAUGACGAUAUAAUGUGCAACUAGAGGAAGCAAUUGUGGGCGUGGUUUGCGGUGGUUGUAUGGUCGUCUGGCGCGGUCCACUGUGGUUUUGGUUGACUGUUAUUUUAAAAUCUGCAAUAACCAUGUCGGGUCUACAGAAAUUGUUAAUAAACAAUAAUCUGUCUGUGAAACAAGAAACUUGCAAGGCUAGCCAACCAAAAAUGACCCUGAGAAAACUUCGUUUGCUGAUGAUCGCAUUUGUCGCAAUGUCUCUUAAAAUUGAACUCCUACAAAGUUCUUGUGGUUCUAUUUUUUCCACGUUUCCUGUGAAAAUAGCCAAGGGGGCAUGCUCAUAGUAUCCCAGGGAAACUCUCCGACCCCCGGCCUUUCUAGUGGCAACCGAGCUUAAUGCUAGUUUAAGAAGUUAGGCUAGUAUUUAGGGCCUUCUAUUACAACUUGCCCACAAGGGUUCGUAGGCAGGCGGUGCAAAAAAUCUGCAGUCUAGCACAUGCGGAUCGUAAACGAAUGUGGUUAUAGGAAGGGAAGAGUGUGAUAAGGGCAUCUUCGUGUAUUUCCGUUUUACAGUGAUUAAUGAUGGUAAUAGAGUGAGACUGAGUGGAGUCCAAUUCGGUCUGUAAUCAUACGAGUGAUUCACAACAUCGGACGACCGCGUAGCGAAGUCCGAUUGGUUUAAUCACGAGUAUGAUUACAGACCGAAUUGGACAACACGAAGUUCUGUUUCCAAUUAAUCAUAACUAUAACAAAAUUUGUGAUAUUUUAGACUUUUUUAAAAUUAAAACACAAGAAAUUCAGAGUCUUUUCGCUAGCAGUUGGCGCGUACUGUCCAAUUACUUAGGUAUGAAGCGUACUGUCUUAUUACACUGUCUUAUUAGUGCUGUCAUCAAAGGACAGUUGAACGGGACAGUUGAUAGCCAAACAGAUUUGACAAUUUUGUUAUAGUUAGGACAAAUAUUAUUGAAUCAACAUGGCGGCUGCCUACUAAUAGCAUAUGUUGCGGUUCAAUUUUAUCCUUGGUGUAAAUUGUAUUUUAUUUUGUUUUUGGGUAUGGUAAUGUAUGAUAAUUAUUUUUUAAAUAAAAAGAAAAUAAAUUUUAAACCAUGGAUAAAAUUGAACCACGACACAUAAUUAUAACCCGGCAACUGCCAAGCAGCAUUUUCAACUUUCCUUGCUUUGUGUUUAGAUUUGGAAGACUGUCGGAUGGAAAUUCAUAGCCCUGUGUGGUGGUCUUUACAGUGGAGUGUAUGUGAUAGAGAGACUUCGCUGGACCAACAGCGCCAAAGAAAGGGCUUUCAAGCGACAGUUUGUCGAGUAUGCUACUGAGAAACUCCAACUGGUUGUCAGCUUCACCAGUGCUAAUUGCAGUAUUCAAGUGCAGCAGUAAGUUUACUUUGGAACAUGUCGAGAUAUAACUCUCUCUAAACCAAACACCCUCGGGUCUCACAAUGACUGUCCGUCCCAGAGAGGUGUCCGGCUUACAGAGAGUCGAGCCCAGUGAUUUUCUAGCUGAGCCUAUUCGCAAUGAAUACACGUCUGUUUAACUUAUAUACUGAAAACAGCUAAGACAGGAACAAGCAGGAACUCCCGUGAUUGGGAAGCGUCCUAUCUAGCGGGGAGAAGCAGUACACUUAGAUGCUUCAUGCUACCAGAAAUCGAAAUAAACCGAACUCCGUCACUGUGCAUGUAGGACUCAUGCCUCGUGCGCGCCUCGAACGGAUUGACUUUUUGGAUCGGACGCCAAUCAAAGAGCGUGCGGGUUGGCGAUGAGCAGUCUAUUUUUUUUUUCGCAAAAAUCCCCUUAUUCCAUCAUCGUAGGAUAAGAGUGUCUUUAACUCUGUUAAUUUCGAAAUUAACAAGGUCUACUUGCAUAAACAGGGUCAGGUUUUUAAGCCCUCGGCUGUAGCUAACCACUAGCCAAACUUCCCUUGAUUGACCAAUUCCCCCCCACACACACACUCCCCCUCCCGGAACGUUUUCCCGGUUGUAUGUAUUAGUCCUUUGCUUGCUCGUUUAUGGCAUUUUGUACAGAGAUCUUCAUGACUACAGUAGUCAAUUGUGAAUUGUACGUUGUAACAUGCCUUCUGAUUCACAAUAUCCACUGAGGAGAAAGACGUGACUCGCUUCGUUUCGACACUUCAGCAAAAUAUUCAACAAAAAUUACACUGUUCAAGUUUCUGGUUACAAAGAGGAAGACUGAAAAUGUAGGAUUAAGAUUUUUUCCCAAGAAUAACAACCAUCCAACAUGUUUAUACGGUUAUCUCUUAAUCCAUGAGCUUAAAUUUAAUGCGGCUCGUUCCAACGUUGUUGACCUUGUUAAUUUUUGGGUUCUGUUCCAGGUUUUUUUUUGUAAUGCUUAAGUAAGCCUGUUUACUUGAUCCUGUUAACGCGGAUGUCUUUUGCGUCAUAGUGCCAUUUUAAUUCUAAAAAAAGAGAGUUUCCAGCUUUUAAUAGUCCUCUUAAGUAGCUGUCCUUUAAGUGUUUCAUCCAUGCUCGCGCUUGGCAUAGAACUUGUAUUUCUGAAAAAAAGAAGCUAUUAAGAAAGGUGUCAUUUUCUCACCCACUUUCCUGUCCCAAUCGUGGGACAAAGCUAAAUCUUUGUCCUCGACGUAUUCAGGAUUUCCACUUUGUCACGCAGCGCUCUUUUCGAGAAGAAAGGGUCCAGGGACAAUAGGUGCGCAUGCCCAAGACGAACCAACCACAGACCGUGUUUUGGCAGUUGUAUUGGUGCGAAGCAACGCACUGAAGCUGACAAAAAGUAAAAUGACGUAUAUAAAUAAAGUACUGAACGUAUUUAUUCAAGAGAAGUGGAAAGUGAAACUGCUGUCUUAAAAGACAAUUGUCCCUGGACCCUCUCCAGGGAGCGAAAGGUUGUAUGUCAGAGAGAACGCUAGAGAUAGCCUAGUGAGUAAUAAGCGUCAGGCACCAAAGCCAACGAGCUACUUAGGUCAUAGAGGACCACAGAUCAUUUUAAUUUUGAUGCAUUUUGUUUCAGAGAAUUGACUUCUACCUUUGUAAAACUGAAGUCACUUGUGCAAAGAGCGAAAGAAACAUUGGAGGAAAAUAUCAUUGAUCUGUACAAAGAAAUUACAAGGCUGGAAAAGAUCGAAAACGAUGCUAAGAUUUUAAGGUAAGGCUGGGAAGCGCGGGAUCUGAUGCUUGCUUUGUUUAACUUAUUCAUUUAUUUAAUCCGUCAAAGGUACUCAGGAUUACCCGGGGUACUUUUGGGAAGCUUUCGAAAAUAUGGGUUGUGAUUUAAGGCGAUGCAUUUUUUUGGUCUUUUUUUUGUUCAGCAUAUUUGGGUAUACUUUGUGGCGGCCCGUACUCGCACCACGCCAAAUAUGACAGUUUUAUGUUUAUGCACAAGAUUUCCACCCGGGUGGUUUGUGUAAAUGUUUCUCUGUUUUCUUUUCAUGUUUUUCCACUUUUAGUUUUUCGCAGUUGUAAGUUAACAGUUGUGUUGGUCGUCUCUUAGGGGAAGGUGGCAAGAAUAGCGGUAGUGCGAAGGGUGCCUCCCCUCCCCUCCGCUCCCCCUGGCUCUAUUCAGUGCUCUACAAGUUGCUGAAUUCUACCAAAGACGUUUCAACAGUGAUAUUUCUUACUGUUUUUUAGGUUAUGUCCAGGGUAGGGAGAACGCUAACCUAUACAAUAUAGAACAUUAGUACCUACCUACACUUCAAUAGUAGCUGCUAACGAAGGAAAAUAGAAGAGGAAUUGGGGAGGGGGGGAAUUGCUAUCACCCAUAUUUCACUGGGGGUGGGGUGGUAUAUCAAUUUUUUUGUCGCUGAAUGGGAGGGGCUGGGGAGGGAGGUUUCCUGUAAUAGAUUUUGUUCCUGGUUUAGAACUAAGCCUCAACUUCUCUUCUCAGAAACAAAGCAAGCUGGUUUGAGAGCGAGUUGUCUCAGUUUAUCACUGAGUUUGGUCUCGCAAAGAGCAAGAUCUAAAGCACUUCACAUAAGCGGACAAGCCAGUUUCCAAAGGUAAACUAUCUGAUUUCUUCGGUUAAGAAAGAAGAAGGACCAUCUUCACGAUUUUAGCCGAUUGAAGCUUCGAAUUGAGGCAAAAUGAAUCAUUUUUAUUCGUUUUGCAUCAAAGAAACUGGAUGUAAAGAGAAUGGCUUCAGAGGAAACGCGGGGUUGGUUGUUUCAACUGGACCGACGUUCUGGACAAUGUUCUGAAUUGGGAACUUUGGGAUGGAAGUGUCGCCCGUCCCUGAACGUGUAGGGGUUUAAAACUCCGAGAUCUUCAAGAAUCUAAAGAAAACUUUUAGGGCGAGAUGAAACUCUCGUUAAUCUUGUAUCGUGUUAGAAACGAUUGCCUUAUUCUUCGGGUCAGAAUGUCCCAGGACGAUAAACAGAGGGGACUCAGUCAACAUACUACUGUACUGGGUUACUUGUAAUUCCGAAUUGUCAAUACGCCGAGUGUUGGUCGUCUCGGUGAGGAAGGUGACAGGAUUAGAUGUAGUGGGAGGGGCGGGAACAUUUUGCUCUCCCAUUCCUUUGUAUCCCUUCCCCCCCCUCCCCCGUACUUCAUUCACUGCUCCACAAGUUGCUGAAGUCUACUGACGGUGUUUGAAUAGUUCUACUGUUACUGUCUUUUUUAGGUCAUGCCAAGGGGAGGGACAGUGCUAACCUAUAUGAUAUGAAGCGAAAGUGAGACUUUUUCUUGUCUGUCGCCUUCUUCAGUGAUUAACCUUGUAUAUACUUUCACUUACUGGUUUUUGUCUCUGAAAUGGGGUACUCAUUUGAUACUAAAUGAUGCUACGAAGUAUACGCGCGCACAUUUUCAUUUCAUACUCUUUAGUAGUAAUAGUUAUUACCGUUAUCAUACGGAUGAAAUCUCAGAAACCUCUCCAGUGAUGUACCCCGUUUCAUUGAAGCACUCUGUCUUUCUCUCUCCUCCAAACUGCCAUACCCUUGUGUCGACGUAGUGUAUAUAUCGUGUUCAUCUGGAAUUUAAUGCUCAGGUGUCCCCAGUGGACCUUGUAAAAUGUGACACUCUAAGGUCUUAGCCAGAUUAAAUGAAACGUCGAUAACUGGUUCUCUUAUCUGUCGUAGACAUUUCCGAUAACUUUCUGCC